UUCGGGGGCGUUCCGCGGUUGAGGGGCGGCUAUGACCGUGGCUUAGGAGCGUUCUCUGGGCUCUCCUUUCAAGAGGCGGAAGGGAACUCUGUCCGAGAACAAGGUCUUCCUUUCACGCUGAGGAGGCCUCAUUCCAGGGAUCCGGCCUGACUCGGAUAAGCCCCAGGCUGGAAUCAAGAUACUGACCGUGAAACUUAAUUAUUUUAAAACCUGGAUGCUUUAGACAGUUUUGAAUUCCUUUAUCAAACGUUAGCACAUGAAAGUUGUAAGAAGUUGGAUAUAGAAGGUCUUCCAUGAUUGGCUUUCUGCACAAAUCUGACUCUACUUUUUAUCCUAUAAUCAUGGACUUGUUUAUAUGACCUUCUAAACCCAUAACAAAUCAACUGGCCAGUCUUCUCGUUUUUCUCGAAGAUUAAUUAGUUACACUGGAUAUGCUGCUCUUCUUUAUUUUGGGUGUGCUGGUGCAUUGUGUGUUCUUUGCCUCCAUCUUUGACAUUUAUUUCACGUCGCCUUUGGUCCAUGGGAUGACUCCUCGGUUCACCGCAUUGCCUCCUCCAGCAAGAAGGUUGGUGCUAUUUGUUGCUGAUGGCUUGCGAGCAGAUGCACUUUACGAAUUAGAAGAAAAUGGAAAUACAAGAGCGCCUUUUAUUAGGAAUAUCAUAAUGCAGGAAGGCAGCUGGGGGAUAUCUCAUACACGUGUGCCAACUGAAUCUCGGCCAGGUCAUGUAGCCCUCAUAGCUGGGUUUUAUGAAGAUGUCAGUGCAGUUGCCAAAGGAUGGAAAGAAAAUCCUGUAGAAUUUGAUUCUCUUUUUAAUGAAAGCAAGUACACGUGGAGCUGGGGAAGUCCAGAUAUCUUGACUAUGUUUGCCAAAGGUGCUAGUGGAAACCAUGUUUUUACAUAUAGUUAUGAUGCCAUCAAUGAGGAUUUUGGUGCUGAUGAUGUAACAAAAUUGGAUACCUGGGUUUUUGAUAAUAUUAAGGAAUUCUUCCAUGCUGCCAGAAACAACCAAUCUUUGUUUUCUAAGCUAAAUGAAGAGAAAAUUGUUUUUUUCUUACAUUUAUUAGGAAUAGAUACAAAUGGACAUGCUCAUCGACCAUCAUCAAGGGAAUAUAAGGACAAUAUUAAAAUAGUUGAUGAUGGAAUAAAAGAGAUUGUAUCCAUGUUUAAACAUUUUUAUGGAAAUGAUGGGAAAACUGCAUUUAUCUUUACCUCUGACCAUGGAAUGACAGACUGGGGUGCCCAUGGGGCUGGUCAUCCCUCAGAAACUUUAACUCCUUUUGUCAGCUGGGGAGCUGGAAUCAAGUAUCCCCAGAAAGUAUCAGCUCAGCAAUUUGAUGAUACAUUUUUGAAAGUACUUUUAAAGGCUCUCUGUGUUGCACAAGCCUCACCUGUUUCUCAAUCAAUGAGGAAAAGCAAUUCCUUUUUCUUGGAGCUCUGCUUAUUUUGUAAGAACUGGAAAAGGCGAGAUGUCUACCAGGCUGAUAUUGCACCUUUGAUGGCUUCUCUUAUUGGCGUACCCUUUCCCCUUAAUUCAGUGGGAAUCCUUCCUGUGGAUUAUCUUAACAAUACUGAUCUCUUCAAAGCAGAGAGCAUGUUUACAAAUGCAAUACAGAUUCUUGAACAGUUCAAGGUGAAAAUGACUGAGAAAAAAGAAGUUACCUUACCAUUUUUGUUUACACCAUUUAAGUUGCUUUCUGAUUCUAAACAGCUCAACAUUUUAAGAAAAGCAAGAUCUUAUAUAAAACAGAGAAAGUAUGAUGAAGCAGUCUCCCUCUGCAAGGAGCUGAUUGAUCUUGCAUUGGAAGGAUUGUCCUAUUAUCAUACUUAUGACAGAUUCUUUUUGGGCAUCACUGUUGUUCUAGGUUUUGUGGGAUGGACAUCUUAUGCUUCUCUAUUGGUCAUCAAGUCUCAUUCCAGCCUUACCAGAGGUGUUAGUAAACAAGUUAAGAAACCAGGCCAACUCCUGCCAUGUAGUUUUGCAGCAAUUGGUGUUUCCAUAGCAUUUUUCCUGCUGAUUCAAGCCUGCCCCUGGACUUACUACAUAUAUUGUUUGUUGCCAGUGUCGAUAUGGUAUGCGGUUCUAAGGGAAUUUCAGGUUCUUCAAGACCUUGUCGCAGCACUGUUGACCUUUCCUCCAAGUCGUUUCUUUGGCUACCUGUUAGUCUUUACUCUGGGAAUUGAAGUAUUAGUUCUCAGUUUUUUCUACCGCUGUAUGCUUACAGCUGGACUUACGGCAUUUGCAGGUUGGCCAUUUUUCACUCAGCUGUGGACUCGAGCAAAGAUCACCUCACUGAGUUGGAUUUUCUUCUCUUUGCUCCUGGCAGUGUUCCCUCUGAUGCCUGUUGUAGGACGAAAGCCAGAUAUCUCUCUAGUAAUGGGUGCGGGCUUGCUGGUUCUGUUGCUAUCGUUGUUUGUUAUAACGUCUUUCAUAAAAAGAAAAGGCAGUUUUGUAAAUGAAGAGCUGUUGUUACAUCUGUUACAGAUGCUGAGCACAGUGCUUUCCAUUAGUGUUGUGUAUAGCACCCAUAAUAGUCUUCUCAGGAAACAAGGACUGCCCCUUAUUAAUCAGAUCGUUAGCUGGAUAAUAUUAGCCUCUUCCUUCGUCAUGCCGCUCCUGAGUCCUACAAGUCUCCUCGAGCGAUUGUUCAGCAUACUUCUUUCCUCGAUGUCAACCUACCUUCUUCUAAGCACCGGGUAUGAAGCUCUGUUUCCAUUAGCAUUGUCAUGUUUGAUGUUUGUCUGGAUACACAUGGAACAAGAAACCCUACUACAAUCUGGUGUUUCCUGUAAACAGAAGGUUACCAGUAUCCAGUUCGCUUGUCAUACUGAUAUAACCCAGUUUCGACAGCUCGAUCUGGAUGACAUCCGUAGGGCCUUUUUCCUUGUUUUUUUCUUAGUGACAGCAUUUUUUGGAACUGGGAAUAUAGCUUCUUUAAACAGCUUUGAUCUGGCCUCUGUCUAUUGCUUUCUGACUGUGUUUAGUCCUUAUAUCAUGGGAGCCCUGAUGAUGUGGAAGAUUUUAAUCCCCUUUGUUCUUGUGAUGUGUGCUUUUGAAGCGGUUCAGUUAACUACCCAGUUAUCAUCAAAAAGCCUUUUUCUCAUGGUUCUCAUCAUAUCAGACAUUAUGGCUUUGCAUUUUUUCUUCUUGAUCAAGGAUUAUGGCAGCUGGCUUGAUAUUGGAACAAGCAUCAGCCACUACGUAAUCGUCAUGUGCAUGACCAUCGUUCUGGUGUUUCUCAAUGGCCUGGCACAGCUGCUCACGACAAAGAAACUCAAACUGUGUGGCAAACCCAAAAGCCAUCUCAUAUGAUGUUACUGAGGUCAUCAUUCAGCAUCUGGAUCCUGUUUCUAAUUCUCCUUUUAAGAUGACCAAGCAUUCAAUAAGAAGAUGGAUAUUGAUGUAUAUCAUAUUCUGCUUCUAUAAAGAAAUUAUGUGUGGAAUUCUGAACUUAGGGGUUAUCUGGAAUAAAGGAGCUUCCAUUUUCUUUAGGUUUUAAAUGAAUGAAAUAGUGAUUAUAUCUGUGGAAAAGCAUAGUAAAGCAUUCUCCAUUCUCCUUUAUUUUCCUUUAGUUGGCAGCUUGUCUCACUGAUGUUUCAAGAGCACCUGUAACAAUCUGGUCCCAACUGUACAGCUUCCCAUAUACACAAAGGAGAAUGUGCUCCUGUGGGGUAGUACUCAAGGAAGGAAAUCACCAGGUGGCUCCAUAAAUAUUUAUCAACUCUCAGCCCUAGUUUUGCAAGUAGUUCUAACUACUAAAUGAUAACACUGGAAAAACCAUCACAAUGUAUUAUUUCCAGUUUACUAAAGCUUCAGUAGAAAAAAAUGUCUGCAGGUUUUGUCAUUUUUCUUCAUUGUGCAACAAUUCUAUCUUAUGCUUCUUGGUGCUGUUUCUAGGCUUUUCAUAGUCAACCAGCUAGAUGCAGGUUUUACCUUCAUGGUUUUUUGUGGGUUUUUUUUCAUUUCUGGAUUCUCAUGGAAUUUCUGGAGACAGAAAAGUAGAAAAUGCUAAGUAUUUGUGUCUUGUCCAGGUGAAAAAGUGUAAAAUGGUUAGUUUUUAAUUAUAGAUUCAAUGUCUGUUAUCCCCAUAGCUUUUAUCAUGCAUUGUUUCAACAAUUUUUUAAAUCAGUGGUUAUACUUUCUGACAAUAUCAUAAGAAUCAAUGUUAAAAUUGCUUUUCUUUCUGAUUGUGACAUUCUAGCCCAAAGGACUAAAAUCCUCUCAUUAAAUUUAAAUUUCCAGUUGUAAACUAAUUAUAGGGGGUAAAAUAUUUUGAGAGUAAUUUUUACUUGGAUUUUUCAUAAAGUGACUUUCACAUAUCACUGCCGAGUUGGCCUUUUGCCCACAGGGUGGCAGUAGAUUUUGGCUGAUGCUUAAGCUUUGCUGGGCUGAAUCCCGUUUUUGAAAAAUGAUUGCUUUUGAAUUGAGUUACAGCAAUCACAUUAGUGAUGAGGAAGCCCUCUACAAAUUAAUAGAUUUUUUAAAUUGGCAGGUGAGUGAAGAAAUACAAUUUAGAAGAUUCAAAAAAUCAAUUUGGCAGAAUGUGCUUUCUUGAGCUCUAUUUAUGAUGGAGUAUAGUUAUAAUCUAUUUGUGAUAGCACUUGAUGGUAUACCACUGAAAGCAUUAUAGCACAAAACAAGAAGGAAGUAUUGAUGUCAAUAUAAGACCUCAUGCAUCAGUCUGUAAUACAAAACCUAGGUAGACAGCUAAGAAGCUGCUGUGGCAGAUGGUGACCUUGGCAGAUAGAGAACCUGUGAACUUCCAUGUUGUCUCAAAGGAUUUUUGAUGAGUUUUUCACAAGUCAGAGAAAACUGACUUUAUAAACACUUACUAUUUAACUCCUUUCAUAUCGAGUUUUAUCUUUCAUCUUUUCCCAGAUAUUUACACAAGAAUUAAUGAGUAUUUUAUUACAGCAUUGUAAGAGGUGCUCUGUGCUUUACUUCUAUUUUGCUCUUCAAAGCAUAUCUUUUUCUUAAUAGUGUUGCAUGUCAGUGUGAGUUUACAAAACAGAAAUAUAUACCUGCAGUCACUGGCUCACCGUGCUACAUUGCAACUGGACCCUUAGAUGGCUGGGAAUGGAGUUUGCUAGCUGGGCCUUUUCUUUCGUACAGCUUAUCAAAUAUCUUAAAUUGUUUUGAAAUGCAUAUUUUUAUAUUGAAUGAGAGGAAAAAAUAAGAUUUGAGUAAAAUGUAUUUCUGUUUAAGGCACUUACUUUCUCAUUCUAACUAUGAAUACCAGAUUUCCAAAUCAAGAGUUUAAAGACAUUUGCUGAUUAGCAUUUGUUUAUAUUAGGAAUUGCUGUAGGAAUUAAAGUGUUGUAUCAGGUUGAGAAAAUUCUGAACAAAAAAAACCAUGGUAUGUCACAUGGACCAUGAAUACAUCUUGAAGGAAACUCUAGGUAUUUAGACAACUAAUUGCAGCCUGUCCAUAAUUUACCAGUGUUUUAAUUCUCGGUAGUAUUUUAUUUAAUGUGCAGUAUUUAGACUACAACAUGCUUUUUUGUUUCUUAGGGAAAUAAUGUUUUAAGUGGUAGUAUAUUUUCUCAAUCCCCUCAAAAUGAUUUAAGAAUGAUAGAACUGAACUACAUACCUAAAAAAAUCUAUCCAUCACCUAUGAUACUGUUUCUUAUGAAAAACUCAUUACAAAUUUCAGCCAACUCAGCUAUCAGGAACAUAUAAUGCCCCUCACCUCUACCCCUUACCUUUACACACAUGUUGCAGUAGGCCAGGGAUCCCUUUGCUCCUCAGGGGCAAUGAGGGGCAUUGCAUGGGUAUUGUCUCUAGAGACAGGCUAUAGCUGCUGCAGAGUCCGAGCUCUCCUGGGACCCCAUAUAUGCGCGAGUGUAUGGUGUGCUCCCGUAUAUACACUAGUCACUGGUCAUGGGCGUGGAAGAGAAAGAGGUAAAUCAGCAUCAUUUGGAGCAGUUCUGAACACUGCUUUCAGAGACCAGAGAUAACUUGGUCAUUUCUGAGCUUUCACAGUUGUUCUUUGUAUGUUGACAUUCUCUUCAUCCUCUGUAAAAUGCUUUGAAGUGGGAUUGUUAUGGCAUGUGCUUUCAGUGCUACGGUAAGAUCUUGUAGCAUGUUUCCAUUUCUGUAUCAGCAUGGUUUGUAAAAAAGGUGGGUGUGAUUUCUGCACUUAACACUCAUUCUGUAAGAAAAACACUUGGGAAGUGAUCACUUAUUAAUUUCCUUAGGGACACUAAAACAUCACAGUUGUUUGUGCAGUAUUUACCUACAUGGCCACAUUCAUCAAAGUAUGUUGCCUAGAACAUUGGUUCCUUAGAUACUAAUAGAUGUCAUGAUAAAAAGAGUUCCCUGGUCAUAUAAAUUUGAGAAACAUGUAGUCAAGCAAAGUGAAAUAGGUAUAUUUACUAUAGUACUUAGAGAAUUGAACUUGGUACAUGCAUGAGGGGGGAAGAUAGCAGUAUGCCAAGAAUUUCCACUUGCUUUGACUACAGACCCACCUUAAAGUCUCCAUUGUGACUGGUAAACAUACUUAAGAAAUAAAUGUCUCCAUGUUCUUCUGCACUUAAGACCUCAGUUUGUCACACUGUUUUGUAAAGGGGCAUUGUAUGCUUUAUUGAAUCUUCUUUCCUGAGAGCUAGAAAGCCAUUUUUCAUUCUAAUCCUUAAUGUGGGAAACUUUAAAAUGUGCUCGCAAUUUUACCUGCCUCUGUAUACAGUAUGCCUUCCUGUCAUCAUUGAGUCUCUCACAUGGGAACCAGUACCACCAGAUCGGCUUCCAGUCACCACAGAUACCAGACAGCCCUGUCAGAAUCUGGACUAAGUCUUCAUACCUGAUAUUUUAUAUCCUUUACUGGAAAAAUUAGUUCACAAAAAUAUUGGCUUGUUUUCUUGUGAUUUGUCACAAAAGAAGGUAAUUAUUAGUUAAAUUUUUGUGCAUUUCUUGGUUUUUCUUUUUUACUUAUUUCUCUUCCCCUGGUUUCUCUCUUCUCCACUCAUGUCACUCCCCUCUCUUCUUCACAUUAGAACUCAGUAUGUAUAUGAAUAUUUUUCUUCGGGGAUUAGUUUCCGUCAGCUCUUAGAUUCAGUGUAGAUAACAGUGGGAGUGUGUAGUGCUUGGCUCUGCUGCUGUUUGCCUGGCAUUCUCCCUUCUGGAGAAAUGGCCUCCAUUUCUAACUGUGUGUCUGGCAGGAGCCAAAUGGUUUUUAUGACUUACCUCACCACAUUUGACUUCCCUACACAUUUGGGUGCAUGCACCUCGGAGCCAAGCUGGGCCAAUUGGAGUUAUUUGCAAGAUUUUUAAGCUAGAAAGGUGAGUAAAUUUCCAAGAUGCAAAGUUCAGGAGCUCUUGAUGGUAUGAAACUGACAAGAUACCUUGUUAGCUUGCAAACGGAGUCACAUCUCAAACCCUUUCGUAGUUUCUGAGUUGAUAUGUGCCACAAUUUGUUUAUCCAUCUUUUAAUGAGCAUUUGGGCUUUUCCAGUUUUUAUUAUGAAUAAAGCUGCUAUUGACAUCUGUGUAUAAUUCUUUGUAUGAGCAUAUAUUUCCUUUUCUCUUGGAUAAAUACCUAGGAAUGGAAUGGCUGGCUCAUAUAGUAGGUGUAUGUUUAUUUUUUAAAAUAAAUUUUCAAACUGGA